AUGUUUAGUAAAAAGCAACAAAAGGAAAAAGAGAGACAGUUGAUAGAAGCUGUUAACAGUAGAGGUAACGACAACAAAUGUGGUGAAUGUGGAGCUUCACACCCAACUUGGGCUUCGUAUACUUUGGGGAUAUUAUUGUGUGGAAGAUGUGCUUCGGUGCAUAAGCGAGUUCUUGGUCCUCCUAACCACAACAUAUCGAAGGUCAAAUCAUUGACUUUGGACAAUUGGACAGAAGAACAAAUUAACCAAUUGCGCCGAAUCGGAAACAAGAAGGCGAAAAGAAAAUGGAAUUCGAAGAGAAUACCCUUUCCAUAUGAUGGGGAUGACGAUGUCAGUGCCGUCGAACAAUACCUUAGAGACAAGUACAUUGCGGGUAAAUUUCGCGACGAUGGUAUUGAUAAUUCCGAGUAUGAUGACCGGUCGAGUAAGUUUAGUGAUGCAGAUCAAGGCAGCUCGUAUUCACAACGAGCACUGACAAGACUGAGAUCAAACAGUGCCCGUAGUCAAAGUGCAUCGAUUCCACGACUUACACAUAGAAAACUUACCACAUUUGAGUAUACUCAGUAUUACACACAGGCAAUGAAAAUUAGACUGUAUGGUUAUAAUGACCGUGACGCUGUUUUGGAGAGUUUACUAUUGAGUAACGGAAACAUCGAGUUGGCACUCGACAUAUUGGAACAGGAUUCAAAAAUCAACCCAACAAAAGAAGAGAUUGCUCCCGAAUUGCCAAGAAGACCUCAACCUAGCUCAGCUAACACCAAUGAAAAAACACAGGUGUCGUCUGAUGAAUGGUGGAAUGGAAACACAACAGCUCUGCCACAAGUACCAGCAAUAACAGGAGCACAAACUACUGGAAUGCCGCAAAUUUACCAAUACACAGAUCCAGUCACUGGUCAGAUUUCGUAUAUUGACUCGAAUGGACAAGAGUAUCUUGAUCCGAACAAUCCGCAACACCAAAACCAGUUAAUGCAAAUGUCCAAUCCCCAAUUGAUAGCUCAGCAGACUAACAAGCAGAACAUAUUGUCAUUAUAUAAUCAACCGACUGGCCAAGCAUUCACCCAACAACAGCAACCACAGCAGCAACAGCAACAGCAGCCACAAUAUACCAAUACAGUAUAUCUACAACAACAACAACAACAGCAACCACAACAACCACAGCAACAGCCGCAGUUUACUGGAUUUGGCCAAACACAACAAACAGGAUAUAUGUUUGGACAGUACCCACAGCAGCAAAAUGGUUAUUGGAGACAGUAG